AUGACGUCUGACGAGCAGAGAAAGUCUGGUGAAAUUGUUUCGAGCCUUGCUAAGAAACAAAAGAUAGGGGAGGAGGCUUCAGAGGAGGAAAAGGAUACACUUGCCGAGCAAUUGGAAACCGAGAGGCUGCUAAAGAAGAAACAGGAGUUAGUUGCAGCUAGCAUCAAUCUAGAGUGCCAAAUCAAAGAUGUGGAUGAAGAAGGUCGGAAACUACUGAUACAAGCCUUUAGUGAAAUACCAAAGUUGAUAAAUAAUCCUCUUCAAAUAGGGAUUAAAAACAUGGACAGAAGUGGACGAGGAUGA